UUUCGGCUUUUAGUCCGUGAUUGAAGCUCAGCGCCGACGCUUGUGCCUACUUCGUGCCGCAAACGCAGACGCAAUCGCGACAAAGAAGUGAAGCGUAAACUUUGCUCCAACUGAAAGUGAAUUCAUUGAUAUACAGUCAAGUGUACUAUAAACUGAUAAUAAUUUGACUCAAUUACAUAAACAUACUAAAAGCAGGCGACGAGUUUAUCAAUAACAAUUCUCUUAUUCACGACAACUAUAUAAAGAGAGUUUCUCUUCAUAAUGCAGCCAGUACUGGAAGUUAGCAUUUAUACAUUGUUACGGAUGACGUUCAUUUGGCAACUAAUUUCCUUCUUCAUCUACUUGGUCGGCACCUUGGCCAUUGCCGCCUUUCUCUACGACAAUUUCAAGUCCUUGAUAAACAUUAUCAAAGCCUUGCUAGAGCCGUAUUUCCAGCCACAACUGCCACAAACGUUGGUCGAGAAAUUUGGCAAAUGGGCAGUUGUUACUGGCGCCACUGAUGGCAUUGGCAAGGAAUAUGCCAGGGAAUUGGCACGUCAAGGCCUCAAUCUGGUGCUCAUCUCACGCACCAAGGAGAAGCUGAUUGCCGUCACCAAUGAGAUUGAGAGUGAACACAAAAUCAAGACUAAAUGGAUUGCUGUAGACUUUGCCAAAGGACGUGAAGUUUAUGAGCAGAUCGAAAAGGAAUUGGCAGGCAUUGAGGUCAGCAUAUUGGUGAACAAUGUGGGCAGAAUGUACGAUUAUCCGGAAACAUUGGAAGCGGUGUCAGAAGAUCUCAUCUGGGAUAUCAUAAACAUCAACAUUGGCGCCGUCACCAUGUUGACACGCAAGAUCGUGCCACACAUGAAGGCGGCACGCAAGGGUGCAAUUGUCAACAUUGGCUCCGGCUCCGAGUUGCAGCCACUGCCAAAUAUGGCCGUCUAUGCUGCGACCAAGAAAUAUGUAACAUAUUUCACACAGGCCUUGGAGCAAGAGUUGGCCGAAUUCAAUGUGACCGUGCAGCUGGUGAUGCCCUUGUUUGUGACAACCAAAAUGAACGCGUAUUCCGACACGGUGAUGAAAGGUGGCUUCUUUAUACCCAAUGCAUACAGUUUUGCCCGAUUUGCUGUCUUUACACUCGGCAAAUCGAACACAACAACGGGUUUCUGGACCCAUGGAUUGCAGUACUUUUUCAUGAAGAUGUCGCCGCAGCAUUUGCGCGUGCUUAUUGGACACCAGCUGACAAAGCGACUGCGCAUCGAGGCUCUUAGCCAAAAUAAGUUAGCAACAUAGUAUUGUAGUGCAUUUUUACAUCCUAAGAGUAUUGUAAAUAUUGGCGCUUAAUUUAAAGAAUAACAAAGAAAAAACAGUUUUUCGUACAACCAAAAAGCCAAACCGG